UUAUUUCAACGGUUCAAAGUCAUACUGGCCUGUCUACAGUUCCCCACUUAAAACUAAAACCCAAGAUGGUAGCCAAACAACACUUAAGAUUGGUGACUUGCAGCCAGGGACAUACUAUGAAUUCUGGGUAAUAGCGUCAACAGUUUGUGGUGAAAGCAACAGGAGUUUAACAGUAACAUUGGAAACAAAAGUGGACAAACCUCGUACACCACAACUUAGAACUCCUAUAAAACUUAAAGAUAGUUUUAAUGUCACAUUAUGGACAUUCAAGCCUCACAAUGGACCAAUUAGCUCGUACCAGGUGAUUGCAAUCAGCGGCAGAAAUAAAUCCAUGAACGAAAUACCAGAAAAACUUAGAGACUAUAAAAAGGCCAGUGAUAAUGACGAAUCAAUGUACGUCACAGCCGAGCUUACACCAGUCCAGAUAAAAACCACAACAAUGUUUGUCAUUGGUGACAAUAGAAUGUACGGAAUAUACAAAAACGUCGCAUUGGAUAAAGGUCAAGUUUACACCAUAGCUGAGAGAGCAAUCACAAGAUAUAAACGAAGCGUCUACGUGAGCGACCCAGUCCAUAUCGCAACAAUCGAACUUAGUGCAGAAUUUAUGAAGAAGCCGCAAGAAUCUAAGAGUACCUCUAAUAUUGAUGUGGCCAUAGGAGUCGUAGUAUCCCUACUUGUAAUUGUGGUUAUACUAGCUCUUUUGGGCUUCAAAUACAAAAGGAAACGUAAUACAAAGAACGACUGCCCGCCUAUCUCUCUUGAUGUUUUAAGUAAAGAGGCUGAUGGCAACCGUGAAGAAACAUCCGCUAAAAGCAAAAACGACAACAAACUUUAUGUAAACGUUGAUGUUAGAGGACAUUCAGAGGCUAUAAAACCAAUGACAAAACAUAAAUUUCUGGAGUAUAUGAAGUCUUUGAAGGCCACUGACUACUCAGAGCUUAAAGAGGAGUUUAGGAUGUUAUCAAAUACUCAUGCCUUCCCCGUGGACAUCGCCAAGAAACCCGCCAACAAGACGAAGAACCGUUAUGGAAACAUUGUUACCUAUGACAAUUCUCGUGUGGUGAUAAGUCGGCAGGUGGAUGACGAACAUUCAGAUUACAUUAACGCAUCCUUUAUCAAGGGCUAUGAUAGAAGUACAAAGACAUACAUUGCUACUCAAGGCCCUACACCGCAGACUGUUGCUGAUUUUUGGCAAAUGAUAUGGGAAGUGAAUUCAUAUACUAUAGUCAUGCUGACCAAUCUUAAAGAAGGCUCAAAGACAAAAUGUCAUCAGUACUGGCCAGAAGAUAAAGAAACUCACCGCGACAUCACAGUCACAAUUCAAAAGUCGGAGGUUUUUCCUGAUUAUAUCAUACGAACUCUCUUAUUGACAAAGUCAAACAGCACUAACGAGAAUCGCCAGGUUAACCAUUUCCAGUUCACUGUGUGGCCAGAUCAUGGAGUACCACAGUAUUCUACAACCGUUUUAGGCUUACGUGGACAAGUAAAUGCUGUGAAUCCAGAUCAUGCUGGUCCUUUGGUGGUUCACUGCAGUGCUGGUGUUGGUCGGACCGGUGCGUACAUCGUGAUCGACGCCAUGUUGGAACGUGCCAAACAUCUCAAAAACGUCGCAAUAUCAGACUACGUUGCAUCGAUCAGAAACGACAGACCCUAUAUGGUGCAGACCGAGUGCGAUGUUGGCAGGUCAUUAACAAAUAUAAAAAAGAACCGAGACAAAGACAAUAUCGCAUUAAAUCGUAGCAGAGUUUUGCUCAAUAAACCCGGAGAGGAUGUGACAACAAGCUACAUAAAUGCUUCACAUGUUGGCGUACAUAAUUUGCAGGCCUACAAGGAGCGUAACGCAUUCAUCGUCACGCAAGCUCCGCUAAAAAAGACCAUUGAGGAUUUUUGGAUCAUGGUUGUCAGCUAUGACGUCAGUACGAUCGUUAUGCUGAACAAUGUGCAAGAGGAAAACAAGCAUUUCAUCCAAUACUGGCCUGAGAGUGGUUCUUCAUCCUAUGGUCACGUGACUGUYGAGCUKUYAGACAAAACGACAAUUGGUCAACUUAUUUCUCGACACUUUAAAGUUACUUACGGCGCGAGCAAAGUUSACRUUCUACAUAUACAAAUGCCAAACUGGAAGGACAAAUGCUGCCCUACGAGUUCACAAAGUGUGUUAGCAUUGGUAAACGAAGUAGAACAAUCACAAAGACAUGCGCAGUCCGGUCAUUCACCGAUCGUAGUUCAGUGCAGUAAUGGAAUUGGUCGAAGUGGUACAUUUUGCGCCGUAUACUCGAUCAUCGAACGAGUGAAGCAAGAACAGCUUGUUGACGUCUUUCAGACUGUCAAAGGAAUUCGUACGAAUCGACCUGGAGCAGUUGAAACGUUGGACCAGUACGUCUUCUGUUAUAAAAUAAUCCAAGAUUACCUUGACUCGUUCAGCGACUAUGCAAACUUUACUAAAUAGAAUAGAAAGUACACCGUUAAUGAUAUAUUUUGUGUAAGUAGGGCAAACUAGAAAGUUGUCGCAUUCAAUACUACGAUUAAACGUAACCUAAUAAGCAUUAAAAUGGAUUCAGAUUCGAGUCAGCAGAAUAAACUAGAUGUUGUAAAAAAAUUAAUAUUCGCAUUAAAAAAACUAUUCACAUUAAGAAAAGAAUAAAGAUGACCUUGAUACCGUCAUUCACUUGAGUUCUUACAGAUAUUUCAAAGAGUGCGGGGAAAAAAUAGUGCCAAAGUACGAUAUUUUUACGAAAAAGUGCUGUGAAU